AUGGCUCCUUCAGACAAGACAUUGGUAGACACACUCGAGACAACCGUUACAAGUAUUUUCCACAGCGACGAGCGUGAUACUUUAAGUGUGAAAAAGGUUCGCGACAAAGCUGAAGGCGAGCUUGGCCUCGAGAAGGGAUACUUCCUGCAGCCUGAGUGGAAGGAUAAAUCUAAGCAGAUUAUCAAAGAAUAUGUAGAAAUCUUGGCCGCGCGCGAGGAAGCUGGAGAAUCGAUACAAGCAGACCCAGAACCCGAGAAGAAGAAGAAAGUUGCGCCAGCUCCGAAAAAAGCGGCAUCUCCCGUGAAGAAAAGGACACAGAAAGCGCCUCCAGCAGAAAAAGCGCGACCAAGGAAGCGCCAAAAGAAGGAAGAAACGCCUGAGGAGGAGGACGAGCUCAGUGAGCUGAGUGAAUUACCCGAUGAAGAAAGCCCUGAGUCUGAGUUGAGCGAUUCAGAUGCCAGCGAAGCACCGAAGUCUAAGAAGAAAUCUGGGCGUCAGACCAAAUCGCCUGUGAAGCGGCAAACAAAGAAGAGAACGCACGCGGAUACGGAGGACGAAGAUGAGGGCGAGGACCCUAGUGAGGAUUCGUUUGAUGACGAGGAGAACGAUGUCAAGCCCGCGCCGAAGCAGAAAGCACUCCCUACGAAACCCGUGAAGGCGACUACGGCAACUAAGGCAAAACCUAAGAAACCAGAAGUCGAGCCCUCCGGAUCAGAGGAUAGUUCCAAACUUACAACUCCGACGGAGUCCGAAGAGGAUACAAAGCCUACGCCACAGAAGAAGGGAAAAUCAAAAUCCACCCCAGUAGUAGAAUCGGAGGAUGACCUUUCUCCUACAAAGGCGACAGCCAAAGCGCCUGACGAACCGGAGGCGAAUGCAGAGGCAGAGACAAAAGCCAAUGCCUCCGAGUCUGAAAUGUCCGUCGUCCUAGACGAGCCCCCUAAGCGCAAGCGUUCAAAAAAGUCUACCUCCUCAACCAAAGAACCCAAAUUCAAAACAACUAAACCCUCCACAUCCAAAACCCCCACGACUCUCUCCGCCGCCGAAGAACAGCUCAAAGUCCUCCAAGCCCAACUCCGCAAGUGCGGCGUCAGGAAAAUCUGGCAAUUCGAACUGAAGCAAUUCGGCGACGAAUCAAAGGCAAAGAUCAGAUAUUUGCAGGAUAUGUUAAGGGAUCUGGGCAUGACGGGACGGUUUUCUGAGGCGAGGGCGAGGGAGAUUAAGGAGAUGAGGGAGUUACAGGAGGAUCUUGAGGCAGUAAAGGAAGGAGAGAAAAGCUGGGGUUUGGAGAGUGGGAGGAGGGCGAGGAGUAAAACACUCAAAACGAGCAUGAAGGUUGGUAGCGAAGAUGAGGAUGAGGGUGGGGAUGGCGGAGAAGCGACGAAGGGAAGUGGCGGACCCGUCCAAAGUGGCAGCGAGAGUGAAGAAGAGGCACCUAGGGCAAGGGUACGGAAGUUUAAUCAGGAUCUGGCGUUUUUAGGUGAUGAGGAUGAAAGUGAUUGA